AUGAUCACAUGCUCCACCCCAGCGGCAGCCGUCGCGUUGCUUGCGCUGGCAUCUUCUGCCAAUGCACAGUUCCCUGCCGAGCCUGCAGGCAUCAAAGUCCUAGAGUCCCGCUUCGGUGACGGCGUGACCAUCUCGUACAAGGAGAAUGACCUCUGCGAGACCACACCCGGUGUCAGGUCGUACUCGGGCCAUGUGCAUCUUCCACCCGGCACUGCAGAGCUAGGACAAGGCCAGGACUACCCCAUCAACACGGCAAGGCGGCCCUACUCUCAACCCCUCGUCGACGACCCCACUGACGACAGCGUGCAGUUCUUCUGGUUCUUCGAAGCUCGCAACGAUCCGUCCAAUGCACCGACUGUCAUCUGGCUGAACGGAGGACCGGGCUCCUCUUCCAUGUACGGCAUCCUCGAAGAGAACGGUCCCUGCUACGCAAACCCAGAUUCAAACUCCACCCGUCUCUCCGAGUGGAGCUGGAACAAUCAAGCCAACAUGCUAUAUCUUGAUCAGCCUGUUCAAGUCGGUUUUUCAUACGACACCCUCCAGAACGUGACGAGAGACCUACUCACGGGCGAGGUUAGCCUGCUGAAUGCCACCGACCCGGUGCCAGAGCAGAACACCACCUUCCUGACCGGAACCUUUCCCAGCCGCGAACCCAACAACACGGCUUUCGGCAGCGUGAACGGGGCCGUGGCUGCAUGGCACUUCGCCCAAGCCUGGUUUCAAGAGUUUCCGCACUUACUCCCAAACGACACGCGUCUGAGCCUUGCCGCUCAAUCCUAUGGAGGCCGCUACGGACCUGCCAUGUUUACUUUCUGGGAGGAGCAAAACCAGCGAAUCGAGAAUGGCAGCUGGGACGGUGGAGAGGGCGAACAGUUCAUCCUGCACCUCGACACGCUGCUCAUGAUCUCAGGGUGUGUCGAUCGCUAUGUUCAGUACCCAUACUACCCGCAGCAAGCGUUUCGCGGCAACGGAUACGGUAUCGAAGCCGUCAAUGAGACUGUAUACAACGCCAUGGUCGAGUCCGUGCCAGAGUGUCUCCAGCGUAUCCAAACGUGUCGUGAUGCAGCAGCCGAGUCGGAUCCGGAAAACCUAGGCAUAGACGCGACGGUCAACGAGCUCUGCGAAGAGGCCGAGGGUUUCUGUCGUUCCCACAUUGUCAGCCCUUAUACGCAGUAUUCUGGUCUGGACUACUACGACAUCACGACGCAGUCACCUCCCCCGUUCCCACCGCCUUUCCACGAGGGCUUUCUCAACCGGGAGUGGGUGCAAGCCGAGUUGGGCGUGCCGCUCAAUUGGACGGGCAGCUCUCCACAGGCCUCGGCAGCGUACCGAGACAUGGGAGACUAUCCUCGAGACUCGUGGCUAGACGACCUGGCAUUCCUCCUGGACAAUGGCAUCAAGGUCUCGCUCGUGCACGGUGAUCUGGACUUUGCGUGUCCGGUAAGAUGCCACCGCAAGUCUAUCUGCAUCGCUAACUGUGGCAGUGGGCCAGCGGUGACGCUGUUGCGAAGGCGAUCAACUGGACCGGCUCCGCUGGGUAUGCGGCCGCUCAGUACGCCGAGAUUCAGACCAACGACUCGUAUGUCGGCGGUCUGGUGCGCCAACACGGGAACCUGA